CGUCUCCCAAUGAAUCGGAGUCUUCUAAGCGUUUAGCUCUGUUUACACUGAUUCUGAAGAGGAGCAGAUACUGGCAGUAUCACAGUUUUAUGAUUAGGUCUCUUGAUGUUGGAAUAGACUGGCAGACAAAAUUCAUUUAAAGAUAACCAAAUGUAGGUCUACUGUGUUGUCAUUUGACUGUACUGGUAAUAAAAAAAAUAGGAUGAUGCAGACAAAUGUGAUCUAUCUUUAUAUGCUGUUGUAAUUGAUGGCGCAAUCUUAAGAGGCAGCUAAAAAAAAUCCAUUACCGACAAGGAAAGCAAUAAUGUCAGUGUUGCAGUGUUUAAGAAGUGUGGCUUUGAGCAAGAGAGUUUUUCUGCCUCAAAGUGGACAGUUUUUACAUGGAAGACCAGGAAGGUACAAUGCAGUGUUGUGGGAAGGGAGUAGGCGGUGUUACUGUCAGUCAUCAGAAGAGACCCUCCCGUCCCUGCCCCAGAGUGCCAGAGUGGUCAUCAGUGGAGGGGGUGUGGUUGGAACCUCUGUGGCCUAUCACCUGGCCAAGGCUGGCUGGACAGAUGUAGUGUUGCUGGAACAGGGACAGUUGACAGGGGGCACUACCUGGCAUGCCGCAGGGUUGAUCACACAGGCCAGGGAUGACCUACCCACCUCUAAGCUGAUGCAAUAUAGCAGAAAGCUAUACGAAGAUCUGGAGGCAGAUGGACAGAAUCUGUGUUUUAAGAAAUGUGGUAGUUUAAUGUUGGCGCAGACAAAAGACAGAAUGAUUUAUCUUCAGAGGAAAAGCCAGAUUGCCAUAGCUGCUGGUAAUGAAAGUCAUAUUAUUACACCACAGGAAGCCAAAUCACUAUGUCCAUUACUCAAAGUGGACGAUUUAGAGGGAGCCCUGUGGAUACCAGGAGAUGGAGCCCUGACUGCCCCAGAUGUAGCCUUGACCUUUGCUUCCCUUGCCAAAGAGAUGGGAGCGAAGAUAUUUGAGAGAGUGGGUGUAGAGAGUGUGGUUGCCAAGAGAAGAGUUGUCUCCCAUGUUGAAACCACUGCUGGAAAAAUCGAAUGUGAAUAUUUUGUAAACUGUGCGGGAAUGUGGGCACACAGCCUUGGAAAGAAAUCCAAACCUCAAGUCAGGGUGCCUCUUCAUCCCUGUGAGCAUUUCUACAUCACCACAAAACCUAUCGAAGGCAUGGAUCCCAUGAUGCCAGUGGUGAGAGAUUACGAUGGUCUGGUCUACUUCAGAGAGUGGAGUGGAGGGAUUCUUGCUGGUGGUUUUGAACCUGUUGCUAAACCUGCAUUUCUGCAAGGCAUUCCCAAUGAUUUUCAGUUUGGUCUGUUACCAGAUGACUGGGAUCAUUUCCAGGUGUUGUUGGACCCCAUCCUACACAGGUACCCUGUGAUGGAGACGGCCAAUGUCCACAAGAUGUUCAAUGGACCGGAGAGUUUCACUCCAGAUGGCCAUUGGAACCUUGGAGCAGCUAGUGAGAUUAAGAACUACUACGUAGCAGCAGGGAUGGUGUCCAUGGGAAUAGCGGGGGCGGGAGGGAUCGGGAAAUACCUGACAGAGUGGAUCAUUGACGGCAUGCCCAGCAUCGACUUAUCCAGCCAUGAUAUCCUCAGACAUGUUCCUCAUCACAACAACCCACAGUUCCUGGCUGAGAGGGUCAAAGAAACUCUGGGUAAUUACACUCUGAGAUACCCGACAGAGCAGCGAUACAGGGGGAGAAAACUCCGCACCUCUCCACUUCACACAAGGCUCGAAGUUCAGGGAGCCUGCUUUGGAGAAACCAAUGCUUACGAAAGACCAAUGUGGUUCACAAAUUCUCAUGAUGACUAUCUGUAUAACCAGUACAACUCGGAGAAGGGAAAAGGAACUUUUGGGAAGCCAACAUUCUUUGACAAUGUUAAGGAGGAAUACUGGGCAUGCAAGGAACAUGUCUGUUUGAUUGACAUGUCGUCAUUCACCAAAACAGAGGUCAAGUCAAAGGGACCAGAGGCACUGGAGUUUUUGCAGUACUUGAGCUCUAACAACAUCGAACAGCCGAUUGGUACGAUUAUCCACACUGGAAUGCAGAAUGAGUUCGGAGGAUAUGAAAAUGACUGUACUAUUGUUCCAAUGGAAAAUAACACUUUUUUUAUGAUCUCGCCAACAUCACAACAGACAAGGUCGUUGAACUGGUUAAGAAAACACCGCCCACUAGAUGGCUCUGUAGAGAUCCGUGAUGUCACUUCCGCUUAUGCAGGGAUCAAUGUGAUUGGUCCGCAUGCUCCUCAACUGCUGUAUGAUGUGUCUGGAAUCAAUACAUCAAGGCAGGAAUUCAAACAAAUGACCUGUAAGGUAAUUGAUGUUGGGUUUGCCAGUAAUAUAAUUGCCAUGAGGCUGACUCACUCAGGGGAAGAUGGCUUUGUUCUCUAUGUUCCUUCAGAGUAUGGCCUCCAUGUAUAUGAGACUUUGGUGAAGGCAGGGAAAGAUUAUGGCAUACGCGAUGCAGGGUAUUAUGCUCUUCGGGAAUUGCGUAUUGAGAAAUUUUACGCAUACUGGGGAUCAGACCUGACCACUCACACAACCCCCCUAGAGAGCGGCAGAGAGUUCCGUGUCAACUUUGAGAAGGGAGAAUUCAUAGGCAGGAAUGCUCUUCUGACACAGAGAGAAAAUGGAAUCAGCAAAAGAUUUGCUCAGUUCUUUUUGAAUGACUUUGACUAUGAAACUGAUGUGUGGCCCUGGGGAGGGGAACCAAUUUAUCGUAAUGGCAAAUACUGUGGCACCAUCACAUCUACAGGUUAUGCGCACACUCUCGAGCGAAUGACGUGUUUGGGAUUUGUGACAGACACAGACAGCCAAGGAAAUAAAGUCCUACACAAAGCUAUGCAUGAAUUUAUCCUUGACAAAUCCGCCAAAUAUGAGAUAGCCAUUGCUGGGAAGAAGUUUCCCGCUGAGGUCAACUUGUACACUAAACCUACAGUGUAUCAGAAUGGGGAACCAGUUUUCAUUCCUGCACCUAAAAGAUAAAUACAUGUUUAUGUACACAGCUAUGGACCUUGGUAUUACUGUAUACAAAGUAACAAUUUUGCACAGAUUUAUUCCAGAAACUUUUACCUCAGCUUAUACCAUACUGAAGUCUUUUAGCUGAUUGUUUGUGAUAGAUCAGAGAUUGAUCCCUUGUGCUUUUUAUGUGAGUUUAUCAUUAACUGCUCUUUGUUUUAGCUGUUGAACUGUAUACUCUUUGUUAAUCACUGCAUUAUACAACUGAAUUCCUGUGUUUGUACCGGUACAUUUAUGAGUAAUAAUGCAAUCUAAUUUUAUGAUUGUCUUUUUUUUUGAUUAAAUCACUUAUUAACAUA